GACGAGGGGGAAGGUGCACAGUGGGAGGAACGAGGUUCGGGGAGAUGGGGGGGGGUGGGAGGCUCGGGGAAAUAGGGGGGAAGAGGGAAAGAUGGGGGAUAGGAUGUUCGGGGAGGAUGACGAAGAGCCGCAGUGAGCCUGUAAAGAAGCACUUCACGGAGGUGGGAGACAGCGGCAGAGCCGACAAGGGUAACAAACAACGGAUCUGCGAUUACUGUGACAAGCAUGUGGCCGAGACAGCGCGCAGGGCAAGGGACCAUUUCUUGAAGGGUUCGCGAUGCGAUGUCGAGCGCCUGCGAGGUGUUGUGCCGAGAGAAAAGUACUCGAUGAGGUUGAAGGGGAGAUUGGCUGCGAGGUCAGAGUUGGGAGUCAUUAUGGGAGAGAUUGCAGAGGGAGAGUCAUCAGAAGACGACAAUGAGCAGCAGACCGUGGAAGUCGGAGUUGUCGAUCGGUCGAAGAUUGCGGCGGGGCUUCGUCGUGCGACUCCCCAGUCGUCCACAGGUGUAGUCGGGCUCCGUCAAACGACGAUCGAGGACAGUGUUGUUGUGAUAACGCUUGAUGGUUGGAUAGAUCACCAACAAAGACCACACAUCAACGUGAUGGUCUCCUUCCCGAAGGGCUCUAUCUUUUGGCGAAGUGUGUGCAUAUCACGGCGCAACAAAGGCGCCUCGGCAUACUGUGGCAUUUUGAAGAGGGCAAUAGAGGAAAUAGUUGCGGAGGCAGUGGUGGGGGUCGUUAUGGACAAUGUUGUCGUUUGUGCAGCUGCGGGGCGAAUGGUGGAAGCAGAUUACCCGCACAUUUUCUCAGUCUCAUGCACAACGCACUCGCGCGACCUCAUUUUCGAGUCUUUCGCGAAGAUCACGUGGGUGGGCGAAGUUAUUAAAAGGGCGUCAGAGGUAGCAAAGUUUUUCACGAACCUUUCGCGGGUACGGGAUCUCCUCAUCCACUACUCCAAUGGCGGUGUCGUGGCAAAACCGGGUGCGACCCGAUUUGCCAUGAACUUCAUCAUGUUCUCGAGCCUGCAGGGGUUGUACUUGCCACUGCGAACGGUGACGCAUGUCAUCUUCAACGACACCUUCUGGGCAGAUAUCGAGAAGGUGAUGCGAACGUCUAAGCACCUCCUCAAGCUUCUGAAGUUAGUCGAUGGCACGGGUCCCCGUAUGGACAGCGCAGUGGAGAAACUGAGGGAGAGCACACACUUCACGGAAGCGGAAAAGGACGAGCUAGAGGUUAUCAUCAUGCGGCGCUGGAAUACAAUGACUUCACCACUGCAUUGUGCUGCGCUGUUUUUGGAUCCGGAGUAUAGAGCGUCGCGACCGGAAACUGAUGCAGAGAUUGUGGACGGGUUUUGGAGAUGGCUUUACUCGUGGUGCAAGGAGGCUGCGUAUAUGGAGGUUGACGUGGAGGUUUGUGAUGAAGAAGUUGAGGAUGUGGAAGGUGGGCAUUUGGAAGGGGGUCCUGCACCCGCACGGGCGACAAGAAAGCGGGGACGACCGUGGAAAGCGCCCGUGGAAGAGGAGGAGGCUGGAACUAGAAGGGGGACACGGAAGCGGGAACGUUUGCAGAUGCAGCCCGCCGAAGAGGAGGUGGAAGCAGCGCUUGAAAAUACGAGCAGCGCUGACAAACAUGGCAGCAACGACGGAAGCAGCAGCAGCGACGAAAGCGGGGUUGAGCAUGAUGAAAAUGACGGGAGCGGCCGCAGCGGAGGUGCGCGUGAUGGCAGCGGCAGCAACGAUGAAAGUGAAGGCGGUCGUGGCAGUAGGGAUGGCGGCGAGAAAGAUGGGAGGUCGUCGGAGGAAGAGGACGACUCCGAAUGCGAAGGCCGGAAGGAAGAUGGGAGUUCGUCGGAGGCAGAGGACGACUCUGAAUGGCAUUUUUGCUGGAAUUCGUUCAACAGCUGAACUCUUUCAAGUUUUGCAUUCAAAAAGUUCAAACUACAUUUGCUGGUUGCGCCUGUUGAAUGUGUUUGUUGAGUGUGUUUGUUUAAUGAACUGUAGACAGUCUG